CCAUGGCAACUGAUUACAUGUGUGUGUUUACGACCCUCCUGCUGUUAGUAAUGUUCUUAUUUUUGCUAUUUAUACUCUCGUAUUCACGAAUUGUUAAAACAACGGGUGAUUUUGUAUUGAUAUUAUAAUGAUUUUACGAUUGUCCUCAAUCUAACAGAUCAGGUUUAUUAAACCAAUAACAUCCAUCAAAAUACAGUUCACGUGACAAUAAAGGGAUGGGAGACGUAGGAGGACCCCCGGCUGGAGACUUAGGAAGAGAGAGACGUCUGUACUGUAGGUUAUAGUGGAAAUGGACCAGGACUAUGAAAGACGCCUGUUAAGGCAGAUCAACCACCAAAACAUCCCAGAGGGCCACCCGCCCAAGUCAGGGUAUGCAUCAUGCAGUCCUGUUGCUGUCAAAUCAGGAGACAGAUUCAUUCCCACACGUGCCGGGAGCAACUGGAGCAUUAAUUUCCACUAUGCCAAUGAGAACUGUUGGUCACCUAAUCAGAAUCAGAGGUCAAAGGAGGCUGGUACAGAUACGGGGAAAGAUGCUGUGGCGUAUGCUGCUCUGUUGAGGAAUGAGCUGUUGGGAGCAGGUAUCGAAACUGUGCCUGACCCUCAUACAGAUGACCGUAGACAUACCAUACUCUCACAGGACACACACAGCCUCUUCAGGUACACCAUCCACACAAAGAGAGUGCCUUUUGACAACGAAAUCUCCCCUUAUUCCCUCUCUCCUCUUAGUAACAAAAGUCACAAACUUUUGCGUUCGCCUCGAAAGCCGGCACGCAAGAUUUCCAAGAUCCCAUUUAAAGUUCUUGAUGCACCCGAGUUGCAGGAUGACUUCUACCUCAAUCUGGUGGAUUGGUCAGCUGGAAAUCUCUUGAGUGUUGGUUUGGGUGCCUGUGUUUACCUGUGGAGUGCCUGCACCAGUCAGGUGACAAGGUUGUGUGAUUUAUCAGUGGAUGGAGACUCUGUGACAUCAGUGUGUUGGAAUGAAAGGGGAAGUUUGGUGGCUGUAGGGACCCAUAAGGGAUUUGUGCAGAUUUGGGAUGCAGCCGGAGGGAGGAAGUUGACCAGCCUGGAGGGACAUUCAGCACGUGUAGGAGCACUUGCCUGGAACGGGGAGCAGCUUUCUUCGGGUAGCCGAGACAGAGUGAUUCUGCAGAGGGACGUGAGAACGCCUCCUCCUGUGGAAAGACGCCUCCAGGGCCACAGGCAGGAAGUGUGUGGCCUGAAGUGGUCACCUGACCAUCAGCACCUCGCCUCUGGAGGAAACGAUAACAAGUUACUGGUGUGGAACAGCUCCAGCCUGCUACCCGUGCAGCAGUACAGCGAUCACCUGGCAGCAGUGAAGGCCAUCGCCUGGUCUCCUCACCAGCACGGUCUGCUGGCCUCUGGAGGAGGAACGGCCGACCGCUGCCUUCGCUUCUGGAACACUCUUACUGGCCAGGCAUUACAGAGUACAGACACCGGCUCGCAGGUCUGCAACCUUGCCUGGUCCAAACACGCCAACGAACUGGUCAGCACACACGGUUACUCCCAGAACCAAAUCCUGGUUUGGAAAUAUCCAUCACUCACCCAGGUGGCUAAGCUCACAGGACAUUCGUACCGAGUGCUGUACUUGGCGGUGUCUCCAGAUGGGGAAGCCAUCGUUACAGGAGCAGGAGAUGAGACGUUGAGGUUUUGGAAUGUCUUUAGUAAAACACGCUGCACCAAGGAAUCCAAAUCAGUGUUGAACCUCUUCACCAGGAUACGAUAAUGAACAGCUGAAGAGAAAUCCAUCCAAUCACGCGAAUGAAAUGAAAGCCCUGAACUCGCUCGACUCUCACGGUUUUUACUGAGCUGAUUUCUUUUUAGCCCCAGUCUCUCAUUAAAUCUGUAUACCCAAUGAGUAAGGGCUCAUUGUUUAUGUUCUUUUUAUUUUUGUACAUUGUGGAUGUCCAAACAGAUGUGCUGUUGUAUAAGUAGAAGUAUUAAUAGAAAAUGAACCUAUAUGACCUAUAUUGUCAUUAUCAUGACUCUCAGUCAUGUGGUUAUACAGAAAUGGCUUAUGAAAAUAUUUUAUAUGCGUGUAUCGAAACAGAUCAUGUUAUCUGUGAGAAAUAAAUACAUUUAAGCAGUA